AUGGCGGAAGAAUCGGAGCACACGGCGGCUGGUGAAUCGUUGCUCGACAAGAUCGCCGACAAGCUCCACGGCCACGACUCUUCCUCUUCCUCCGAUUCCGAUUCCGACAAAAAGGAAUCUUCCUCGAUCAAGGAUAAGGUUUUCCGCCUGUUCGGGAGGGAGAAGCCCGUUCACUCGGUCCUCGGCGGCGGAAAGCCUGCUGAUGUUCUUUUGUGGAGGAAUAAGAAGAUAUCUGCUAGUGUACUUGCUGUAGCCACUGCUAUUUGGAUCUUUUUUGAGUUGCUUGAAUAUCAUCUGCUUACUCUAGUCUGUCACAUUUUGAUUCUGUUGCUUGCGGUUUUGUUUUUGUGGUCCAAUGCCCAUACCUUUAUUCACAAGGCGCCACCUCGCAUCCCAGUUGUUCAUCUUCCUGAAGAGCCUUUUCUUCAAUUUGCAUCUGCAUUGACAUUGCAAAUUAACCGUGGAUUUGCUGCCUUGCGUGCUAUCGGUUCUGGAAGAGAUUUGAAGACAUUCCUCAUUGUUAUUAUUGGCACAUGGAUUAUAUCAAUUGUGGGGAGCUGGGUCAAUUUCCUGACUUUGUUCUACAUCGUUUUUGUAUCAUUGCAUACGGUUCCUGUCUUGUAUGAUAAGUAUGAGGACAAGAUAGACCCUCUGGCAGAGAAGGCAUUGAUCGAGUUGAAAAAGCAGUAUGCUGUGUUUGACGAAAAGGUGUUGAGUAAGAUCCCGAAAGGUCCAUUGAAAGGCAAGAAGUUAGCUUAG